GCGCGCCAAGUGACUGCCAAAAUCGGCGCACGCGGCGAUGCGCGGGAAAACAUCGAGCGUCAGUCGUAUACGGGAAGAGCGCGCGCGCACACGCCGGCCACACCGCGCUUAUAGGUUAGAAUUGGCGCGUCCCGCGGCCGCCAGGUGCGACCCUCGCCCGCUCUCACUCGCCGGCAAACAUAUCCUCCCUCUCGCGCGCUACCUGCGGACAGCUGUUUUCUCUCGGGAGAUUAGUCAGAUGUUUCUCGGUAACCAGUCAGUGCUCACCUGACGCGCGCUACGACACGAUAUGGCGGCCGGAGGACGUACACCCAAGCAGAGGAGGUUCGAGAUGUCCGUAGGCAUGGCGCUCAGGGCUUCCAACACCCCCAGGAGGAGGCGCGGGAGCUGCAAGUGCUUGUUCGGAGCGCCUGACCGGGACGAGACGAAGCGAUUGAUGGCUGAGCAGUACGCCCGGGAGAGGAAGCGCUUCAUCAGGCGCUUCAAUUUCGACAUUGAGACAGAAUGUGUGUACAAAUCUGCUAAGAUGGACUCUCCUGUUAAGUUUUGUGAAGAGGAUAAGGAAAACGCGGAAAGUCCUGUGAGGAUGGCGACGGAGGCGCUGGCGUGUGUGGAGAACACAGACCUGAGGGUACUGGGGUCUCCUUCGAGGCGGAAUGCUGGGAGUAAUACGAGCUCGCCACGCACUCCUCGCACACCCAGAACUCCGCGGGCUGCUCGCACCCCCCGCACGCCCCGCACCCCCGCCUCCAGAAGACAGCUGCAAAUGACAGAUUACUGGACCCUAAGAAAACAUGCAGACGGUGCUUCCAGCGACAAAGAAAACUAGUUGACAAUCAACUUUAAUAUACAUAAUAAGAAAUUAUAAAUUAUAAGUUUAAAAUUACUUAGUAAAUACGUAGUGUAGUCGACUUAAAGUUCAACCUCGUGUAGAAAGCGUGUUUUUUUUAUAAAUUAUUAUACUUAGAUAUAAAAAAUAAACAAAGUUAUGUAUUUGUAUUUAUAAAUGAAAAAUUAGUUAACUAAUUUAACUAAAAAAUCACGGUUCACUCACGUAUAUUAAUGGAGAAAAGCUCUAUUACUAGUUUCCAGACACAGUCGACAGAGGGCGUCUGUGUACGCUGCUCAUGAUUAAGAGUCCCUCUGUGACUCGAAACUAAUAGAGCUUUUCUCAAUUAAUGUACGUGAGUAAACCGUGAUUUUUUAGUUAAAUUAGUAUGUCUUAUGAUAGUUAUUAUAAAAAUAUAGAAAAAUUAGUUAUUAAAAAUCAUUAAGGGUGCGUGGUGUUCCUAUGAAUGUCUAAUCUACGUCUUUAAUCUAGAUUUUCGCUGUGUUUUGGUUUCAUUUUGAUUUGAAAUGUGAAAAAACUUUUGAAUGUAAAUUAUUAGAGGCUAAAAUUAUUUUGAAAAUAGUAAUCAAAAAGAUUUAAAUAAUAUAACUAUUGAUUUAAGUGAUGUGUGGAUUCCAUGGGAACCUAAACUGUAAUUAACAUGAAAUAUUUGUAAAUAACGUUUAAUACAAAUUGCCUUACCGCCAUACUCAAAGUCAUUUAAUGAUUACUUAACCUAGUCCUUAGCAAUUGUUUUCUGAACAAAAUCGUUACUAAUGAAUAGUUUAAGUAAUUAUUAAAUGUCUCUAAGUGCGGCAGCUAGUGUUGAUUAAUGUAUUAAGGGUAAAUUCAUUCUGUAAGUAAUGUUUUUUUUUUCUGAAAGCAGCUUAAUGUUACAAUACGUUUCAUUAUUGAUUACUUAUGUAAAUCAGCCAUAUUUUUGACUGUCUUAAGAUCUCUUGUUAUUCUGACUGAUCCUUGUAAAACACUUAUUUUGUAAAACAACUGAAUACUCAAUCAAAAAAAGGUACCUUAAAGUUACUUAUAACUUAAAGUGAGUAACUUUGAGUCCACUUAUAAAUGAGUGUUGUAGUGACUUUGAGGUUACUUAAAAUUGAGUUUUUGAGUAUUCGGUUAAGUAAACUUGUGUUAAUAUUUUCUGUUAUUAAUACUAAUUGUUUUGUAAACAUUCUCGUUCUGUUAUGGUCGUGAACGAUGUUUUAUGCCAGAAAUGUAAUGAAAGUAGUGUAAAUUGAAUAUGUUUUGAUUAUUCUUAAUACUUAAAUGUCACUCUUAAGUCUGUUUCGUAUUCCCGUAGCUGCGGAUAACCUUACGGGGCUCCGGCUCGAAGCAGGAGUCAGACCAAGGUGGUUUUGAAUCAGUAAGAGUUAAAACUCCCUCUCGCCUGUCGCGGGAGAAAUCAUUGGAUGAUUUUCCCCCCUUGAAAGAAAAAACCUGUAUCGUAUUACAAAUUAGGUGAUUUCUUUGAAAGCAGGCGGAAAAUUGUACAUUGAAUACUAUUAUUCCGAAAACUAAAAGCCAAGACUUAAAAUAGAGUGUCAUUUGACUAUUAAGAAAAAAGUAAAAUACUUAAUUAAAAUGUAACUUGAUUACUUUAUAUGCGUACUUAUAAAGUAAUCAAGUUACGUCAAUGUGUUUUUUGUAAAUUAACGUUUUAACUUGGAAAUCUUAAAACAUAAAUUAAUAGCCGUUUCCACCAGCCAAAUCUUAACUGAAAGUUACUCAGUGACGUAGCACCUAAACUAACUUCUUACUUGUACUGUUACGCGACGUCCUGCGUGAGCGAUCUAGACGCGAAUACGAUGCGAAACAACAAACUGUCAAAAUCUAUUGACAUUGCGUUUAUGCUAUCAACUGGCUUGAUAUGUCCGCGCGAACUUGACGCGAUUUAGUUACGUUUUUGUUUAUAAUGUCAGAAACAGAAACAAAACGAAACGAUUCACAUGCACGUAGGACAUAGCCGCCGCGUCACACCGCAUCGCGUUGAAUUCGCGUGUCACCGUUUCGCUUCGCGUUCGCUUCUAGAUCGCUCGCAGGACGUCGCGUUAGGUGUCACUUAUAGGUUGGUUAUAACUAAAAGUGUUGUUAAAGUGUCACCUAUCUUACCUUAGGGGUUACUUAAAAUUUAGGAAAGGUUGGUGGAUAGGUGUAUAAGUGUAUCUUCAUGUAGAAUCUAGUCUAUGAUCUCUGCAAUAACGAUUGUCUAUGGCCGCUGUCAGUGGCCACUCUUCCUAAUAAAUCUGUCCUUUAGCUGAUAAGUGUGUACUAUACUUUAGAUGUUUUAGAAAAAGUUUUUUAUUUAGAUACCAAUGACAAAAGGUGUUUAGUAUUUUGUGUGUCCAAAUAAAUAAACUAAAUGAAUUUUUAUAAUAUG